CCGUCUCUUCGGAGGAAUCUUCCCCCUUGCCCAGUCCGCCGAUCCGCACCAGCCCAGGCAAUGACAGCGGCCUCGGCAACCCCGCAGCAGAUGAGAGACCGGCUGCUACAGGCCAUCGAUAGCCAGAGCAAUAUCCGCAACAUGGUGGCCGUAUUGGAAGUGAUCUCCAGUCUGGAGAAAUAUCCCAUCACCAAAGAAGCACUCGAGGAAACUCGGCUAGGGAAGUUAAUCAACGACGUGAGGAAGAAGACGAAGGAUGAAGAUCUCGCCAAGCGUGCCAAGAAGCUCCUGAGGAACUGGCAGAAGCUAAUUGAGCCCGGCCAAAAUGAAACUUUGCCGAGAGGGGGGCCGGGCACACCUGGCUCGGCCAAUGGCGGCUCUCACCCCUGCCGGCCGGAGAUCGCCCCUCCUGCGGUGAGCCCUGUGGGCAAACCAGUGCAAGAACUGAAAAGCAGGAAUGACAUUCACAACUCUUACUCUCCCAAGCUGGAGAAAUCCAGCAAUCGCAAGCGCAAGGGAGAGCAAAGAGACGGUCAUUUGUCAGCAAAAAUUUCAAAGGCUGCAAAUGACCGGCUACAGAACUCCACCCCGCCCCCUACGAAUGGGAUCGGGGGCAGUCCGGAGCCUUUCCCUAGCCCUCUGGAUCCCAGCGGGCUCCCAGGUCCCGACAGGAGCAGAACGGAACAUCUGGAGAACGACAAACACAACAAGAUUCCGGUGAACGCCGUCAGACCUCACACCAGUUCUCCUGGACUUGCCAAACCUCCCAGCACUUCCUCCUUACUCAAAACUGCUGUGAUGCAACAGCAUGCAAAAAUGGAUGAAGUAUCGGGAGGAGGAGGAGGAGGAGGAAGUGGGCAGCCCCAGCCCAGAAGCCCCCGCUGCGCCUCUUUCAGCCCAAGAAGUAUUAAGGAGGAGACAAUGGCCAAGCGGCCAACCACAUAUGCACCAAAAGGGACUCUGUCGAGCCCGUCUCAGAGUUCCAGGUUUCUGGAUGUUGCUGCUCGGGUGCAGUCUCCCUUGCCUUUGCCCCAGCCUUUAACUCCCCCUGUCCAAGUAUCGCAUACCGAUGGGCCCCAGCCCCCGGGACCCGAGAGCUCCAGGCACUGGCACGGUCCGGCCGACGCCGACCUGCGGCUCCAGCACAGCACGGGGACGCUCGAACUGCCGCCGCACAGCUCUCCGCACGGUUCCAGAACCGCCUUGCACCACUCGGAAUGCACGGUGCCGCACGGGCUGGGCCUCCCCUCGGAGGCCGCGAAGCUGGACAGCGACGGGGCGGCCUCGAGCUCCGAGAGCAAACGGAAGAAGAAGUACAGGCCCAGAGACUACACGGUCAACCUGGACGGGCAGCCGGCCAUGGAGGAGAGCACAAAGCCGGUGAGGUUAAAAGAGCGCAAGCUCACGUUUGACCCCGUGACUGGGCAGAUCAAACCUUUGACACACAAAGAAUCUUACCAGGGGGAAGAGCCAGUGGGGCUGCCCCUACCCGAGGCGCACAGGACGGAUGUGCUCAAGCAGAAGCCUGGCGCGCCCCUGCCCAGUCCCUUCCAGCAGACCAACUGGAAGGAGCUAUCCAGGAACGAAAUCAUCCAGUCCUACCUGAGCAGGCAGAGCAGUUUGCUCACGUCCUCGGGGGCUCAGACCCCUGGGGCCCAUUUCUUUAUGACGGAGUAUUUGAAACAGGAGGAACACGAUAUCAAAGAGUCCCGGAAGACUCACGUUCUCGUACCGGACAGCUCCGAAACGGACCUGCCGGGGGUGAGCCGGGACGUGACCACGGAGGAUCUCCACAGGAUACACCAGGAGCGCUGGCCGGGGGUGAACGGCUGCUUCGACACGAAGGACAACUGGUACGAUUGGACGCAGUGCAUAUCCUUGGACCCUCACGGGGAUGAGAGCAAACUACACAUCUUGCCCUACGUCUGCCUAGACUGAGCGUGUGGUUUUAAUGCUUCAGGAAUGGAGGAGUGCACGCCCGCUGUAGAAAGUGGGGAAGGCAGAACUGCUGUACUCCCUCCCCCUUCUUGCCUGCCACUUAAAAGAAACGAGAUGAGGCUGCCUUCAAGGGGAAGCGAGGGGCUGGCCUGCGCAGUUCUUCCGCUCGGAGACAGAGCCGCGCCCUGUUUGCAGUAUGCUGCUACCAACUAUAACAAAUUGCAAAUUGGGGUUCACAUUGGGGGCGAUCCAGUUCGGCUCCGGCGAGGCUCUGGGGGAGCAGGGGAGAGCGAAAGAAAGCAAAGUCUGCCACAAACCAGGGAUGACCAUUCCAGCAGCUCAGCAGUCUGGAGCUCAUUGUGUUGGCAGGUAAAAGAGGCUUUAUGUGGCAUCAAAAGAAAUGAAUAAAGUUUCCUUAUCACA